GCGCCCGCGCGUCUGCAUCCCCCUGCUUCCGCUCUCAGCACGGUGGUGGACACAGAACGGCUGAGCACUCGCGAACAUGGGAGUACAGAUUGAAACCAUCAAGCAUGGCGAUGGGCAAACGUUUCCCAAGAAGGGGCAGCGCGUCGUGGUGCACUAUAUCGGUACACUGGAAGACGGGAAAGUGUUUGACGACUCGAGGGGCCGAGGGAAGCCGUUCAAGUUCAAGAUCGGACACCAGGAGGUCAUCCGCGGCUGGGAAGAAGGAGUCGCUCAGAUGAGCGUAGGUCAGCGGGCCAAGCUGAUCUGCUCGCCGGACUACGCAUAUGGCAGCAAGGGCCACCCGGGCAUCAUCCCCCCCAACGCCACGCUCACCUUUGACGUGGAGCUGCUGCGGCUGGAGUAGGGCUCAAGCGCCCUUGCCGCUUUGCUUCGUUCCACUCAAAUUGCCAGGGUCAAAUCCUAUCUUGGGAACAUGGAGGAAAAUCCAGACGACUCCUGCAUAGGACCUACAAUGUCUGUACCUUCACUUGUCCACUCUCCUUUUCAUAUGUGUACCACUUCAUUUUAGUUUGGACUUUCUACUCAGUCCUAGCUCAUCAAAUCCUAUCUAUUUAGACAUGCUGUGAUGUAUUUUCAUGAAUUUUUUUUCUUUUUUUAAUUUUCACCAUUGACAUUUUUUUGUACAAGUACUGAAUCUGUCUCAUUUCUUCUGGCUCUACGGCCUUUCUAUCAUAGUCUUAAUGCGUUUUCUUCAAAAGGAAUUGUUUUGACGUGGAGCUGUUUGUUCGAAUGGCCAUGGCGCUUAGUUAUCGGGCAACAUCACACAGACAUCUCAUCACUUGGAAUUGUUGAAUCAAGCACACGGACGGAGCCGCCUCCAGCUAUCUACAAUUGUUGUCAGCGACACUUAUUUAUGAGCGCCCGGUGAUAUUAGCGCUCAGACACUCACGGGUGGAUGCUUUUUUUGCCUCGAUUUUACUGCUGGAAACAAAAAAAAAAUGUGGGAAAAAUUUACUGUCCCAAAAAAAGUUUGUGGCAAAAGGUUUGUUGCAUGAAACUUUCCCCCCCAAGAGGCACCUUGCAGUUUGUGAUUGCGUUUAUUUCAAGGAGUUUUGUGUUACACGCUGUGGAUGUUACAUUCUGUUCCUUACUCUUCACAAUAAAAGAGUACAGUCAAUG